AUGACUGACGCGCAGUCCGGCGGCGGGGCGGCGCCUGGGCAAGAUGGCGGCGCCCGGGGAGGGCCCGGCGGGGACCCCCUCGGCAGAGCUGCGGGCCCUCACACGGCUCACCGACAGGCUCACCCGGCAGCGGCACCGCGACACGACGUCGGAGAGCGUGUUCCAGAAGAUCCGGCAGGUGCUGGCGGCGGCCCGUCGGGAGGCCGAAGUGGCCGGCGCCGACUGGACCCGAGGGGACCACCUGGAGUUGCAGCUGGCCACAGAGAGCUUCCGUUGCCUCCGCAACGCCUGCGUACGCUGCCCCGCCAACCAGGGGGUCAUCAGGAACCUGAACCUGAUCGGCGUGGCCAUGGAUUUCAUCUCCCUGCUUCUCCGGUCCAAAGCCGAAGGAGAACUGCCGUUGUCAGCCGUUCGCUGUGGCCUCCAGUUUCUAGGCAACGUUGCCACCGGAAACCGCGACGCCCAGGCCGAUAUCUGGAAGCAAGGAUUCCCGGAAAUGUUUGUGCGCUGCCUAAACCACCGGGACGCGAAGGUCGUCACCUACUCGUCCAUGGUCCUGUUUACCUGCCUGGACCCUGCCAGGAUGCAGGAUCUGCUCCAGGAGAAGCACCUGGAAGUCGCCGUGCUGGUGAUAGAAGCCUGCCAGAAGCACCCGGAGUCCGGAUGGCCGGCGCUGAUCAUCACGGAGCGACUGGUGAGGAAGCCAGAGUCCGUCCAAGCGGUGUACGCCAAACUGAGCGAUCAGGCGAGGGUGACCUUACUGGACGUUCUGAUGGAGAAGCUGGCUGGGGGAGACGCCCCAAGCGAUGCGGACGCCACGGCCACACUCCGGAGCCUCGCGGGCCCACUGGCCGACAGCUUCCGCCAGACCUGCCAGUCCGUGCUGACGUUGGCCUCGGCCCCUCACGCCGACCACCGGGAGGCCGUGGUGGCCGUCGACCUCCUAGAGGCUCUGUGCGCGAUGUCCUCCAACAGCCACCUCCUCGGCUCGGUGCAGGCCUGCCCGGGGCUGCUGGAAGCCGCCGUGGCUGUUUUGCGCCUGGCUCACCUGGCCGGGAAGCAGACGAAGAGCAUCUUCACGCCCUCUCCCCUCCUGACCGGAGACGCGGCUUCCCCCAGCCCGGCCGCCGGCUUCAAGUCACGCCUCCUCCGCCUGAUCGGGAACCUGUGCUAUGGGAACAGAGACAACCAAGACCAGGUGCACCGGUUGGAUGGGAUCCCGUUAAUCCUGGACCACUGCCACGUGGAUGACCACAACCCCUUCCUGACCCAGUGGGCCAUCUUUGCCAUCCGCAAUCUGACGGAGCAGAACAGCCGAAACCAGGAGUUCAUAGCCAGAAUGGAGCGGCAAGGCUUGGCCGAUCCGGCCCUGCUCAGGAGCGUGGGGCUGAGCGUGGAGGAACGGGACGGCCGACUGACCCUGCGGAGCGCUACGCGAGACGGAG